UCUUGGUCAUUUUCAUUAAUCCUCCUUCGAUUAGGGCAAACCAUUACAUUGGUGAAAAUCCCAAUAAAUCCACUCUGUACUUGUGAGGGGUUUCUCAAUUGAAUUUACCAGCAGACGUGUGGCAUCAGAUUGAUUUUAUAAUGUCCAAGGUAACGGAAGGGAUGGAGCAGUGGAAGAUUGAAUUAGAGCAAUUGAUGCAGCAAGGAAUUGAAUUUGUUAAUCAAAUUCCCCCAACUCAACUCUAUGCAGCUGUCGGUGUCUUGCUCUUUACCACCAUUCUUCUUCUAUUCUUUCAAUUGUUCAAACGCUCCAAAUCUAAUAGCAUAGUGCUCACUGGCCUAAGUGGGAGUGGUAAAACAGUUAUUUUCUAUCAGCUUCGAGAUGGUUCUUAUCAUCAGGGUACUGUGACAUCAAUGGAACCAAAUGAGGGCACUUUUGUGCUGCAUACUGAAAGUACUAAGAAGGGCAAAGUAAAGCCUGUACAUCUUGUUGAUGUUCCUGGGCAUUCCCGUCUCCGACCCAAAUUAGAAGAGUUUUUGCCUCAAGCAGCUGGCAUAGUGUUUGUUGUAGAUGCAGUGGAAUUCUUGCCAAACUGCCGUCCAGCUUCAGAGUACCUGUAUGAUAUAUUGACAAAGUCAGUUGUUGUUAAAAAGAAAAUUCCAGUUCUCAUCUGUUGUAACAAGACUGACAAAGUGACAGCACACUCCAAAGAGUUUGUCGUAAAACAAAUGGAGAAGGAAAUUGACAAGCUACGAGCAUCAAGAAGUGCAAUAUCAGAGGCAGAUGUUACCAGUGACUUCACUUUGGGAAUACCGGGAGUGGCGUUUUCAUUCUCUCAGUGUCAUAACAAAGUUACGGUUGUAGAAGCUUCAGGUUUGACUGGGGAAAUAACUCAGAUAGAACAGUUUAUUAGGGAGCAUGUGAAACCUUAGGCAGUUCUGCCAUAUGAUAUUGGGAAGUUUCUGUCAUGAAGGAGAACUUCUGAGUACAGGCACAGCCAUUGUUAAAAUUGCUAAAGGAGGCCGAAGAAAAUCACCUUGUAGACAGAGAAGAGGAAGGGGAAAAUUAUUAAAACGUAGAGAAACCCAUUCCAGUUUGAAUUUAGUGUUUGAUCUGUGGAUUUGCUUGAAACAAUGAUAAAUGAGAGAUGGCAUGGUUUGGUGUUCAA